UCGCAUGCGUCAUGACGUGAGGGGAUGCGCGCGCGCCCGCGCGCCGGUUGUCGGUUUGUCCGUUGAACUGCCUGACAACCGCGAGCGGCUCCGGGGGGUUCUGUGGGCGGCGGUGAGAGAGGGAGAGGAGUGACAGAGUGAGAGGCCCCGGGGCCAGGGCGAGCAGGGGAGCCCCGGCCUCCUCUCUGUGUGUGUGAGUGAGUGAGGGCGGUCACUGUCUUCUCGGAGCUCGGCUUGUGUCAGCAGAGGAAGUCGAGCGAGCGAGCGAGCGGCCGCCCUGCUCCUCCCCUCCUCCUCCCGAAAUGGCGACCAAUUACUCGGCCAAGGACGACGACACGCAGCACCGGAGCAAGAAGCCGGACAACACGGCCUUCAAGCAGCAGCGCCUGCCCGCCUGGCAGCCCAUCCUCACCGCCGGCACCGUGCUGCCCGCCUUCUUCAUCAUCGGCCUAGUCUUCAUCCCCAUCGGCAUCGGCCUCUUCGUCACCUCCAACAACAUCAGGGAGUUUGAGAUUGAUUAUACUGGCACGACUCCAGAAGAACCUUGUUACCAUUGUACUAGAAAUGCCUCAUGGAACACAAGUUGUACCUGUACACUUCAUUUUAAUUUGGAUCAGCCCUUUGAGGGAAAUGUGUUCAUGUAUUAUGGAUUAUCGCAUUUUUACCAAAACCAUCGUCGAUAUGUCAAAUCUAGAGAUGACAGCCAGCUUAACGGCGAUGCACUCUCUUUACAGAAUCCCAGCAAGGAAUGUGAACCAUACCGUACUUCCAAUAACAAGCCCAUUGCCCCUUGUGGGGCCAUUGCAAACAGUUUGUUUAACGAUACUUUGAAACUGUAUUACAAUGAUAAUGGCACCAAGAUGGAAAUUACUUUAACCAAGAAAGGUAUUGCAUGGUGGACAGACAAGAAUGUGAAGUUCAGGAAUCCGCCUGGCAAUCAGAAUUUAUCCAUAGUCUUUAAAGAUACUUCAAAACCUCUGAACUGGCCUAAGCCAGUGUAUGAACUCGAUCCAAAUGAUCCGAUGAACAAUGGAUUCAUCAAUGAAGAUUUCAUUGUCUGGAUGCGUACUGCAGCCCUACCUACAUUUCGCAAACUGUACAGACUUAUCAAGAAGAAUACCUCCAUGACUCCUACACUGAAGCCUGGAAAUUAUACUUUAGAAGUUGCCUACAAUUAUCCAGUGCAUGUCUUUGAAGGCCGGAAACGUAUGAUCCUGAGUACCAUCUCUUGGAUGGGGGGAAAGAAUCCAUUCUUGGGAAUCGCUUACAUCACUGUUGGCUCCAUCUGCUUUCUUCUGGGAAUCGUACUAUUGAUCAUCCACAACAAAUAUGGGAACCGCAGUACCAGUGCCGACAUUCCUAAUUAAUGGCAGACAGCUUUGAAAUGAGACUAACUGCAUGUGUAUCUGUCAACAAAGGCUCAUAUAUAUGAUGAAGCUUUUAGAAAGCUUAGCCAAUGGCUUCAAUUAUUGUACAGGAAGUGAGAUUUGAUGGUCUUUAGUGUCUAAUGUAGGUCUCGAAUGUGCUAAGAAUCUUUGAAUUGCAAGUCAAGCAGUAUGGUGAAGGAAAGCUUGUUUACUUUUUACAACCCACUUAUGGUUGAAGAUUUUAAAUUCUGGGCAUAUGGAUGUUAAUAUUUCUUUGAGGUAUAAAUUGCUUUUAAUAUUUCUCAUCAACACAAUAUAAAAUGAAUACAACUUUUCGUGCCCACCAAAUCCGAAUCUUCUCGCACUGUACAAGUUUAGCUAGAUCCAUACAUUAUUUUCUGUGCGUGUGUAAGUACUUCACCUGUGGUUCGUGCUGAACAAUGCUUGCAUCCCUAACAAAUAUGCAUAAUUGAUAGGCUCUUUUUAAAUGCCAGAAAUGUAUUUUCCGACCCUGUGUAUGAAUGUGUGCCACAAUUGUUUUCUUUCCAUAAUAGCCUAUAUCAAUAUGUUGCAUAUACAGAAAUAAGUAUCUAUUGGCGAUUAAGAUUUGACAUAACAUGAUUAGUUUAAUAUUGGCAAAUUACAUUACAAUGUUUUGAGUAUUACCCAAGAUAUACAUACCUCUGCUACUUAAAAACUAAUCAAAUAUAUGAUUUGCUUCAAAAAGUGUAUUACUUGGAUGAAAGCAUAGUUUGGGGGUAUUUACUGAGUGGACAGUAAUGCACUUCAGCGAGCCAGCCAAAAAUCGAUCCAAAAGGGGAUAACCAUCAUGCAUGUUAGAGCAGAGUAUUAAAGCUGUUGAAAUGUGUCUGUGUAUUUAGUUGCAGCUAUUGCAAUAUAUGGUUAAACUAUUCCCUUAUUUAACUUCUCCAAUAUCUGUUACAAAGCAAUGGAAGUGUUUUUGUUUGUGUGUCGGGGAAGGCGGAGAACCUGAAAUAAAUUGUUUAGUCGUCAAUUGUAAGUCUUGUCAGCUGUAAUUUAUUUUUCUUGGUUUGCUGAGUGAUCAUAUUAAUGUUUUGAUAAUGGACGUCUGGCUGUAAGCAGCUCGGUGUUUGUGCUUAGUGCAGAGGAUUUUGUGUGUAGGCAAGGCAUUUCUACAAUUUGCUUCUGAUAUCGAAUAAUUAAUAACAGAGUAAUUCUUGGUUUCUGUUGUGAGACUGAAACAUGAAAACAAACUGCAGCACAAAUUAGCCAUGCCACAGGGUCGUCAGUGUAUUGCACUAGCUACUGUUGAGAAAAGCACGUGGAAUAUGAAUGUAAUUCAAAUGUAUUUGAAACUUUUGAAGACGGGUGCAUUAAUCUGCUUAUUCCAAUGUUGAAUCAGGUUUGAUAUAACUUGAGAGUACACUUGUCGACCUGUCUGUUCAAUUCUGUUUUCAAAGCAUGGCAAAGCUGUGCAAUGUUUUCUUGCUAGUUCAAUUAAAGAUCUUUGCAGGUGA